AUACAUUAGUUGUUAAUUAGUCUAGUUAUUACGUUAGGGUUAAUAUUACCGUAAUAUUAAGUUUAGCGUUUAGGACAUAACUCGAAACGUUACAGUUUAGCUAGAGAAUGGGCGAUAGCGACUACGGGUAUGUAUUGAGCAAAUCAUUCUAGAAAAAACGCGACGGUCAACAAACAAACAAAAGACGAGCGGCGAGUGUGCGAGUAUCGGCGUCGCCGCGAUAUCCGACGCCAAGCCGAGGCUAAUCUAGCGCAUUGCUGUGAAUUUAAUCUGUGUAUCGCAUUGCAGAAUACUGCGUAUCGGCGCGUGAUUCGUGCAUCCAAAAAUUCCGCGAUUUUCGAUCGUUUGCUGCCGUAAGUCUCCAUUGACAAGCGCGACGCGCGCUGUUGCCGGUUGUGAUUGGCGGGUGUCAAGUGUCGACGUACGUUGCGCCGUGCCCGCACGCAGCGAACGGAAGUCACCCGGCUGCCAUUGUAGUUUGGUAGCUUUUGCAAGUACGGUAACGUCGUGCGCGCGUCCGUUCCGUCGGCAUUUUUUUUCCGCGAGGGCGAGACGAGAGCGAAUUUGGCGGCGCGGUGUGUUUUGGGGGGUGUUGUGUGCGCGCGGCGGAAGACCGACGAGGCAAACGAGAGACCCGGUGGUGGUGAGCGACGCACACUGACGUGUGUGUGUUUUCUCUGCGGCGGCGGCAGCGGCGACAUCGAUCGAUCGUAUUUAUCAUUCGAUUCAGACUCAUCGCGUCGCAGACUGGGCUCGCUGGGCCUAUUAUGCAAAUGUUGCGAAUUCCACAGCAAGAAAUGGACGAUGACGAGAAAGGAAAGCUGUUUGUCGGCGGAUUGUCGUGGGAGACAUCGCAGGACAACCUCAGCAGGUACUUCCAGCGGUAUGGCGAGGUCAUCGACUGCGUGGUGAUGAAGAACGCCGAGUCGGGCAGGUCCAGAGGCUUCGGUUUCGUCACUUUUGCUGAUCCCAGCAAUGUGAGUGUUGUGCUACAGAAUGGACCGCAUACACUCGAUGGAAGGACAAUUGAUCCAAAACCAUGCAAUCCGAGGACCCUGCAGAAGCCGAAGAAGGGCGGUGGGUAUCCGAAGGUGUUCCUCGGUGGUUUACCAUCGAAUGUCACCGAGACGGACCUGAGGACGUUCUUUACUCGUUUUGGCAAGGUCAUGGAGGUUGUAAUCAUGUACGACCAAGAGAAGAAGAAAUCACGUGGUUUCGGAUUUUUGUCGUUUGAGGAUGAAGAAUCCGUGGAUCGUUGUGUUUCGGAGCACUUUGUCAAUCUCAAUGGCAAACAGGUGGAAAUCAAGAAGGCUGAACCACGUGAUGGUUCCGGCGGAGCUAAGAUGAACGAUCCUGGUUCAGCAUGGGGACCACAGCAAGCUCCGCUCGGAAUGAUGCAAGGGCCUAACGGUCAAAUGGGCGGGCCGCCGAUGAAUCUCGGCGCACCGAUGGGACCGAACAUGAUGCAGAGCUAUCAGGGCUGGGGCACGUCGCCUCAGCAGCAGAGCUAUGCCGGCUAUGGCACCCCGAGCGGUCCGGGUUCCUAUCAGGGCUGGGGCGCUCCCCCAGGCCCGCAGGGACCGCAUCCGCAGUGGGGUAGCAACUAUGGCGGUCCGCCGCAACAGCAGGGCUAUGGGUCUUACGGAAAUGGUCUGGUUGCAGGUCCGGGCACCGGCAGCGGAGCCGCUAGCUGGAAUAGCUGGAACAUGCCGCAGAAUAAUCAGUCCACUGGCCCCUCAGGGUACAUUACAGGCGACAUGUACUCGCGCCAGCAGAGCGGGCCGGGCGGGCCAGCCACGCCGAACGCGCCGCCCAACUCGAAUUCCAAUAGCAAAACGUCGGCGGGGGCCGACUACGCCAACUACUACCAGGCGGGGUCGUACUCCGCGGACGGUUAUGGCGCGCCGCCGCGCAGCUACGGCAGCGACGCCGGCUCCCAGGUUGGCGGCUACACCUCGCAGCCGCCCAACGCAGGUACGUUGCGCAAUUCGAUCUCGUCGUGGUGAGACGCGGCCGAUGCACGCGCGCCCCGACGCAGCGGCGUCUUUUCGCGCCUAGACAAGUAACGACAACAACAACAACAAAAUGCCCACAAUAUUAAUGCUAACUAAUAUCUAAUCUAUUACUUACAAGGAAAUCCGGUUGGAUUGCGCGUGCGCAAUCGACCACAAACACGCAAAAACGCAAACGUUUGUUUCUUUAUUAAUUAAUUCAUAAAUUUGAACGAUCAGGAGACUAAAAAACAUGCCGAAAACACACACUUAACGAAACGAAAGCAAUUCUUGUUGAUAGGAAAUGAUUAAUUUUAGUUUCUAGACACUAAUGCAAUCAGAGGCAGACUUAUAAUAUCAUAUAAAUGGCGCUGGUGUAGAAUACCGGUCUACGACAUACAUUUUUAGGUUAUUUGAGUUUUAAAAUGACUUUUACGGAAAACCUAACCUCAAAUGUCGACUGUGACUGUGUAUGUUGUGGAUUGUUUUCUACACUCGAUGCCAUCGUGCACAACUAAUAAGAUGAUCAAAUUGCUAAUCAGGUUGAAGUUAAAGUUGAUUAUUUAAUAAAUAAAGAUCAAAUAGGAGUAUUGUUGAUCUCGUGAGUUAAUGAAGAUGAAAUCCAUGAAAAUAGGCAUUUUAUACAUCUAUUUCUACAGUAAAAAUUUAAUAAAUCUAUCGUAAGUUUUUCGGAGUAAAAAAGAAACCUAGCAAAACGGUUUAGAUUAUUAUGAUUAUGAAUACACACACAAAUGCAACAACAAGAUGGCGGACAUAUAAAUGAUAUGCGUAUAAAAUGGUGGUCGAAAUACGAAACAGAAACAAACACACACAACAACAACAACAACAACAACUAAACAACAAGAAUGAUUUAAUAUUUGUAUACAUGCAUAGUUCUUAACUAUAGUAACUAAAUUAAUUAAUUAAUUAUAAUUAUCUAAGGCUCUUGAUACUGUUGGAGAGCUGUAAAUACGAAGAAUGAAAAUCAAUAAUUCGACUGAUAUAUUAAUUAUCUCUGUAAAUACAAUAAUUAUGAUUAACACUUACAAAAAUGGAACAUAACAAAAUGAAGCAAAAGUGAGAUAUUGAUAAUUGUAUCUUAAGUUUUUCCUAUAUAAGUCUGCGUUGGUUACAUAUUAUAUCUCGUUAUGAAAACACUGAACACAAAAGAGGCAAACAAUAAUUACUAAUUAAUACGAUGUAUAAUUAAUUAAUUAAUUAAGCAUAUUUACUAUAUUGUACACACGAUGAAGACAUACAUACCCCCACACAGGUGGCGCGAGUGUUUGCGUAAAAAAUAUUAAACAAGAUGGCGGCGUGCGAGCUGAAGAUGCAAUCAAGUGUAUUAAGAUGUUUACAACUAACUUUGCUCAAUUACAAACCGGUUUAGGCAUAAUUUGUCAUCGUUUUUCACACUAAAUACCCGCCGCAUACUAAUUAUUAAUUAAUUAAUGAACUAACGAGGAUGGUCUCUGUGUGUGUGUGUGUGCAAAUUAUGAAAAUUAAGGCAUAAAAAUUAAGCGAAAUGAACAAACGUGUGAUUUAGGUUUACUAUUGAUUAAAAUAUCAACUAUUAUCCUGUAAUUUAUACACGUGUACACUCCGCAUUUCUUUUGUUUAAACAUACACACAUAACCUACACACAUAACUAUUUAAAUGAAACAUGUUGAUUAAUGGAUAAACAAAAAUUAAGAAAGUAGACAAUUGAGACGACGAGAAUCAAUCAAUCACUAAAUAAAUAACUAAAUAAAACGGUCAAUAAUAUUUAUAUUUGGGUGACAUUUAAGGUUAGAACGUCCACACCACGCGAGUUGUGUCAUUUUUUUCGGGAUUUUCGCUUUUCGUUUGUAUUUUUUGCCUAAUAUGUGACGCAGGAGGUGAAAAAUUAACGUUUAAGUAAAUUAAAAAUAAAACCACAAAUGUAAUGAGAGAUUGUUACGUAGCUAUCAAAUCAAUUAAGUUUUGACUAUUUAUAGAUGCAAAACAAACAUUAACAUUUAAAGAAUAACAUUUACAAAUGAGAUGAGGAAAAAACCUAACAUAUACAAACGAAUCAUGAAUAAAAAUAAAAUUUUAAUGAAACUCCUUGAUAUUAGCGAAAAAAAUGGUUAACAUAGGCAAAUUGAUUAUAAAAUUAUAAACAAAUGACUUAUUAGCAUAAUAUAGCAUAACCGGAUACUAUAUAUAUAUAUAUAUAUAAAUAUAUAAAUAUAUUGAAAUUAUUAACUUAACAAUUAUAUUAGUGGCACGCAUAUUAUAAUAUAAUAAUAAUAGUUAAGUAAUUCUCGAUUAAUUGUAAUGUUAAAUGUAGUUUAGCGUAUGCAACACACACAACAUAUUAUUAAGUCGUAGGAGAAAUGGGAAAAGAAUAACUAAGUGAAAAUAUAUUAUAUAUGAAUAUAAAUAUGAAUCCUGUGCGGUUGCAUUUUGUUUACAGCUUAGUUUUAGCAAUAAUGCGGGGAACUUUUAGUAAUACAAUGGCGUUAUUAUUGAAUAUAAGUAGUUGACUGUCUGAUACAUAUAUAUAUAUAAAUAUAUAUAACUAGCAUAAUGUCUAUAAUAUAUUUAUGAAGAUGAUUGGUGAUGAAAUAUCUUAAAUUUAACAUAUUCGUAGAACAGUGAUUAAAUAAAUAUUGAUAAAUUCCA